AUGGACAUUACCUACAACCUGCCCCUAUUUAUAAGAGAUCUCCCACAGAUCCGGGAGCAUACCUUUAAGGAGCCUACCAUACAAUCAGCGUUCCAGAAAGCUGGAAUCUGGCCAAUAAGCUGUAAUACAGCACUUGAAAAGCUACGUACAUACUCACGCCUGCAGCCUACGCCUACGCAGCCUAUAGAGCCUACUACACCUACCCUACUACGGCCUAUUACACCUAUACCCUCUACUUUUCAGGGGGUAGAACGGGGGCUACAGCGGUGGAAAAAGCGGCUUCCGAAGGCCUGGAGUAGCCCCUCAAAACAGAGCUACAAUAACUGGGUUACUGGGGCUGAGCGGGUUCUAGCAGCCGGCCAGCUCCAGGAACUCGACCUACGGGCUGUUCGGCAGCAGGUUGAGAACUCGAAGAAGAAGCAGGGCUGGGGCCGGGGCCGGGGCCGGCUCCAGUGUGGAGGUGAGCUCCUGGCUUCUGAAGCUCACGAGCUUGAGGCCCAGAAGCUAGCUGCCACAGAAGCCCGGAAGCAGCUCCACUGGGCAGGAAUUAAAGCCCGGAAACAGGAGCGCCUCCGGAAGAAGAGCCUGGCUCGGCUCACUGAAUUAGGCCUUCCAAUUCCUCCGGAGUUGGAAGACCCAAGUACUGAUCCAGAAGCCGAAACUGAGAGCGAGUAUGAGAGUGCCAGUGAGGGUGGGAGUGGGCGUGGGAGUGGGUGUGGGAGUGGGUGUGGGAGUGGGCGUGGGAGUGAGAGUGAGAGUGAGAGUGAGAGUGAGAGUGAGAGUGAGAGUGAGAGUGAGAGUGAGAGUGAGAGUGAGAGUGAGAGUGAGAGUGAGAGUGAGAGUGAGAGUGAGAGUGAGAGUGAGAGUGAGAGUGAGAGUGAGAGUGAGAGUGAGAGUGAGAGUGAGAGUGAGAGUGAGAGUGAGAGUGAGAGUGAGAGUGAGAGUGAGAGUGAGAGUGAGAGUGAGAGUGAGAGUGAGAGUGAGAGUGAGAGUGAGAGUGAGAGUGAGAGUGAGAGUGAGAGUGAGAGUGAGAGUGAGAGUGAGAGUGAGAGUGAGAGUGAGAGUGAGAGUGAGAGUGAGAGUGAGAGUGAGAGUGAGAAUGAGGAAGUGAUAAUUUUGUAA